AUGGUCGAGAAGAUCUACAUCACAUACAAUGACGUGCACAAGCUGUGCCAGGAGUCGGCCGUCAAGAUCCUCAGUGAUUUCGAGCCCAACCUGAUGAUCGCCAUCGGCGGCGGCGGCUACGUGCCCGCCCGCAUCCUGCGCUCCUUCCUCAAGCGCGCCGGCUCGCCCAACAUCCCCAUCCAGGCCAUCGGCCUGUCGCUGUACGAGCAGCUGCCCGAGAUGGACCCCAAGAGCGGCACCUCGACCCCGGGCGCCGUCGAGCAGAUCGGCCACCGCGUCACCCGCACCCAGUGGCUCGACCUCAGCAGCCUGGGCGGCAUGGAGAACCUGGUCGGCAAGCGCAUCCUCAUCGUCGACGAGGUUGACGACACCCGUACCACGCUCGAGUACGCCGUCAAGGAGCUGGAGAAGGACGUCGAGGCCGUCCGCCAGAAGCUCGGCAGCACCGAGGAGACAAGGUUCGCCAUCUUCGUCCUGCACAACAAGGACAAGCCGAAGAAGGGCACCCUGCCCAGCUCCAUCAUGACCGAGCACAACUACCACGCCUCGAGGACGGUCGACGACGUGUGGAUCUGCUAUCCCUGGGAGGCCCUCGACAUUGAGGAGCACGACGAGCUGGCCAGGAAGCAGACCAACACCUCCGGGAGCGCAAACUAG